CCGCGCACGACUGCUCGCCGUGACCGUCCGAUCGGAGAUCACAUCAAACGGCCGAGAGAAUGCCUUGCCUAUAAGAAACGCCAGCCGACCCUACUUUCCAUUGCCCCUAAUUCUAAACAGAGAUCUGGUAUUAUUCUAGAGUCUUCCUUCGACCCCCAAUUUCUUCCCCAAAGGUCGCAUCUUUGCUCGGGUUUUUCCUCUCUUCAUUCGAUAUCGACUCCAAAAUGGCCGAAUCCAAUGUCCAACCGGAUCAGAUUAGAUCGGAGGAGGAGCAGAGGCUGAGGUACCUGGAGUUGGUGCACGUGGCGGCGCUGCAGGCGGUGGUGUGCAUGGCGACGCUGUACGAGUACGCGAAGGAGAACGCGGGGCCGCUGAAGCCCGGCGUCCAGACGGUGGAGGGAACGGUCAAGACCGUCGUCGGCCCUGUCUACGAUAAGUUCCACGACGUCCCCUUCGAGUUCCUCAAGUUCGUCGAUCGCAAGGUGGGGGAAUCGGUUCAGGAGCUGGAGCGUCACGUGCCGUCGGCGGUGAAGUCCGUGGCGGGGGAGGUCCAGCGCUCCGGCGUGGUGGGGACGGCGGCCGGUCUCGCCCGGUCGGUCCGCGCGCGGUGCGAGCCGGCGGCCGAGCGGUGCGCGGUGUCGACCUGGCGGUCGCUGAACCGGCUGCCGCUCUUCCCCCAGGUGGCCCAGCGGGUGGUGGUCCCCGCGGCGGCCCACCUGUCGGAGGGCUACAACCGCGCGGUCUCCUACUCCGCGGAGAAGGGCUACGCCGUGUCCGCCUACCUCCCCCUCGUACCCACCGACCGCAUCGCCAAGGUCUUCGCCGCCUCCGCCACCGAGGGUGAGACUGCUGCUGCGACCCCGCCCGAGAGGGAGAUCACCGUGCAGUGAGGUGAAAUUGGACGGUUGUGAUCGAUCUUGUUAACGGUGUUCGUGAAUAAUAUUUCCUGUGGUACAAAUGGCAUAUGAAGGUUGUGUGGUUGGUUGGGGAUGAUGUUUUAUUACUGCGUUGUGUGUUUAUGAACAGCUGCUAGUAUUUAUGUUUAUAAGACUUGUUUAUGAACUUUUAUCGGAACUUGCAUUGGUUUGGCAUAUGAGAUCUCUUGGAAUUGUAUCUAAUGGUGUUGUUAGACCUGCAAUAUCAUGUUGGUGAAGGAGGUUUAUUAACUUCAAGGAAGUGAUGAAGGUGGUAAUUUAGAUCUGGAAUAGAGUUGGAAUAUAUCUGGGAAAA